ACCGUCUCUCUAGCCGACCCGAACGUCGACGACGACCGCAACACCUGCCCGAGACCAAGAAUCGAUCACAACAUCACUUUGCAAAAGGGAUCGCUGCUGUACUUUCCUGACAGCGCGGUCGAUUACCUUAUCUUCUUCAUCGACUGCAUCUUCAACUCUACCUUCCACCAACCGAAUAGCAUCUACCCGAUCAGCUGCGAAGGCUUUGAUGCUGGUCCUCGUCCUGGACUAUCCUUCGUGCUUCCGGAUGAUGCAGUGCCCACCGGCAACUGGGUGCAAGCGUGCAACCAAGUCAUACAAUUGCCUGUGCACAAAUACGGCGAGAUCAACCUUACUGACCCUGGAUGGACAAACGGGAGUGGAUAUGCCAGUGUUCUUCGUCAGGAAUUCCAGCUGGGAUGGAACGAGAGCGCGAAGGACCCGGCAUGUAUCCAGUGCGAGGGAUCCAAUCCCAAGGGACAGUGCGGUUACAGUCGGACCGGCGAUUUCAUCGGCUGCUUGUGCCCUGACGGCCUAGUACACUCCGAUAAUACUUGCAAUAAAUCCCGUAAGUUCUCUGAAUCUCAAGCUUUUCCUUUGCAGAAGUUGCGUUUUUC